GCAAGAAACGCGACAUCGUGAUCGGACAGCAUUUCAGUCGGAUUCAGUGCGACGAAGUUCGCCGACGGUGAUGUGCUGAUUUGAGCGGGCUUGGAUCAAGCAACGAAAACACGGCGAGACAGCCGCUUUGCAUCAGCAUCGUCACGCAUAAAUUCAGUUUGACGUUUCUGGCAACUUCUUGCCGACACACUUCCAAGAUUUUGCGACACACAUUGAGCGCUAUCAGAAGAAUGACGACGGCGGUUGACAAGGAGGAAGCGCGGAAGCGGUUGACGCCGCUGCAGUGGCAUGUAACGCAGGAGAAGGGCACGGAGAGGCCGUUUACCGGUUGCUACAAUAAGUUCUACGAAAAGGGCACGUAUACCUGCAUCGUGUGCGAACAGGAAUUAUUCUCCUCGGACACAAAAUACGACAGCGGAUGCGGCUGGCCUGCAUUCAAUGAGGUUUUAGAUCAGGGACGCAUCAAAUUGACCAAAGAUGCCUCGCAUGUCGGCGGCAAUCUACUACUGCUGAUCGCAAACCCAGAUAUGGUGCGGACCGAGGUGACCUGUUCGAAGUGCGACGCACACCUGGGCCAUGUGUUCAACGAUGGGCCGAAGCCUACGAGGAAGCGCUUCUGCAUCAAUUCCGCCUCCAUAAGCUUCCAUUCGGCGGGAGAGGAGAAAAAGUCUACGUAAAAUAAGCUUGCACGCGCGCUGAUUAUUCCACUUCCAAUAUUUAUACGAAGAAGACUUGUGCGAAGUCAUAUUUUGUGUUACUAAUAUCGAAAUACCUCCGAUUUUAUUUAUGCGCUGUAAAAAGUAACAAUUAUUAUCGUCAAGAUAUUGAAUAGCUAGUAAAUGAAAAGUUCGUUAUUAUUAUAAGAAAAUAUUUAACUGUUCUAACAUUCUUAAUGUGAUGUGAUCACGCUACUAACAAACGUCUACGUCAAUUACUGCAUUCGUUUGAUUUGUUUAGCGUUUUAAUUGUGUAUGACUUUCGUAUAUAUCGUGGAUAUUCCUUUUUACGUCACUACAAAAUGAUAAGUUUUCUGUGAAAGGUACAAAAUAUACUAUUUACAUGGAGGUAGAGCGUUUCUGACCGACUUUUCACGCGCGACGAGAAGCUAGCUCCGUAUUAUCAGUUCUCUUAAAUCUCAUUGCAUUGUGUACGGCUUGCUCUCAAUACUACAAAUGUACAUGUACAUAUCCGUAUCAAAGAACAAAGCACCCACAUGAAAUGUAUGCCACACAUGGUCCGAGAAAGCGUGAUAUUAGAGAGAUGAUGAAAAUGUCUAAUCAAAAGAUAAUAUUUUUUCAAUAAUGUAUAAAUGCCAUAUAUAGUAUGUAUAUAUAUAUAAAUAUUAUAUAUUCUUAAUAAUUAAUAUAUGCUAUAAAUGAGGAGUAAAACAAGUCAUCAUUUCUCUUGCAAUCGGAGUACUGUUUAGGCAGGAGGAGCGUUUUUUGUAUGAAAGAACCAUGUUUGUUAUAAAAUGUUUCCUUAUAUUAUAACGUUUCAAAACAAACUGAAAGGUGUUAUAGUACAAUAUAUACGCAAAAUUCUAGGCAUUA